AUGAAUAAGGAGAAGAGACACGUAAUAGUGAUACCUUAUCCAGCGCAGGGCCAUGUAAUACCUAUGAUGGAGCUCUCACAGCUGCUGGUCAGCAAUGGCAUCAAGGUCACCUUCGUCAACUCCGAACACAACCACCACCGCGUCCUCCAGUCGCUGCCCCAAUCGGACGGGCUUCACCACCAGGUGGACAUGGUUUCCAUCGCGGACGGGCUGGAGCCAGGGGAGGACCGGAUCCAGCUCGGAAAGGUCACCGAGAUCACCUGGAGAGUCAUGCCUGUGGAGCUGGAAGCCCUAAUUAACAGACUAAAUCUAAAUCAGGGAGAUAAUGAUAAGAUCAACUGCCUUGUUGCUGAUUGGAGCGUCGGAUGGGCGUUUCAGGUCGCUGAAAAGCUACGGCUCAGAUCCGCCGCCUUCUGGCCGGCCACCGCUGCAGCGGUGGCUGUGUCCUCCACCAUUCCUAAGCUGAUCACUGAUGGAGUCAUAGACAGCGAUGAUGGAAGGAUCCUGAAUGGCCAGACAAUCGAGCGGUUCUUCCCAGCCAUGCCAGAAAUGAGCUCUGCAAUCCUCUCCCUAUGGCGGUGUUACGAUGAUGAGGCCACAAAAGAGAUUAUCUUCGAUAUCCUUCGGAAAGAUAGCAUUUUAUGCAGAUCAGCAGAACGCCUCCUUUGCAAUUCAUCUCCUGAAUUGGAGGCCGCCGUCUUUUCGCAGUUUCCAAAUAUCAUCCCUGUCGGCCCUCUUCUGGCGAGCAACCGGCUAGCGAAUGAAGUAGGCCACUUCUGGCCACAGGACUUGGAUUGCAUACCAUGGUUGGAUCAGCAGCCGCCGGAUUCAGUCAUAUAUGUUGCAUUCGGUAGCUACACUGUCUUUGAUCAGUCGCAGUUUGAAGAGCUAGCAUUGGGGCUUGAACUCACCAACAUGUCGUUUCUCUGGGUUGUAAGGCAAGACAUAACACCAAACUCCGGCAAUGCAUAUCCGGCAGGCUUCAAAGAGAGGGUACACGACCGGGGACUAAUUGUAGGAUGGGCGCCGCAGCAACAGGUCUUGUCUCAUCCAUCCGUGGCGAUCUUUAUAAGCCAUUGCGGAUGGAAUUCCACCAUAGAGGGUGUUGCCAAUGGAGUCCCUUUCCUGUGCUGGCCGUAUUUCGGUGAUCAGUUCAUAAACAAGACCUACAUUUGCGAUGUGUGGAAAACUGGAUUGGGAUUAAGCAGAGAAGGCGAAAGCAGUAUCAUUAGAAAAGGAGAAAUACAGGACAAAGUAGAACACAUUUUGAAGGAUAGAGGCUACAAGGAGAGAGCCCUGAAUCUUCAGGUAAAGGCCAUGGCUAGCGUCAGGGAAGGAUGCUCUUACAAGAAUUUCAAUAGCUUCAUUGAGUGGAUAAAAAAUAACUGAAACAGUUUCCAAUUCUCGUAAGAGAAUUACUCAUUAUAAUAUGCUUUUGGAUUCAAUCCAUGUUUGGGAUGUAACUGUUAUUCGCAAAGUUCUACAGCUGUUUUGUUCUUCUCUAUA